AUGUCAUCUGUCAAACACCUUGUAUACUCGGUCAUCAAUUUCUUGCGAGAACAAAGUCAGAUGGAUACAUUCACUUCAGAUGAACAAGAAAGCCUGGAAGUGGCAAUCCAGUGUUUGGAAACAGUUUUUAAAAUCAGUCUGGAGGAUUCUCAUCUUGCGGUACCUGUACGCUUGACAGACAUGUUUGCAGACUGUUGUCAUAAGAACGAGAUACUGCCCCUCUCAGAUUCUUUGCCAGAGGAUAUUGAGAAGGCUGACCAGCUGAAGGAUGAAGGUAAUAAUCACAUGAAGGAAGAAAAUUAUGGCGCUGCAGUGGAUUGUUACAAUCAGGCUAUAGAACUGGAUCCCAAUAAUGCUGUCUAUUAUUGCAACAGAGCCGCUGCUCAGAGCAAACUGAACAACUACAAUGAAGCAAUAAAAGACUGUGAAAGAGCCAUAGCAAUAGAUCCAAAAUACAGCAAAGCAUAUGGGAGAAUGGGGUUGGCCCUGACUUCAAUGAACAAAUACCAAGAAGCAAUCAAUAGUUACCGAAAAGCCCUGGAUCUCGAUCCAGAAAACGACUCCUAUAAAUCAAAUUUGAAAGUAGCUGAGCAAAAAUUAAGAGAUGUGGCCAGCCCUACUGGAACUGGAUUGAGUUUUGAUAUGGCAAGCUUGAUAAACAACCCUGCCUUCAUUAGUAUGGCAGCAAGUUUAAUGCAGAAUCCACAAGUUCAGCAACUGAUGUCUGGUAUGAUGUCAAACGCUAUUGGGGGCCCUGCUGCCGGUGUUGGUGGCCUCACAGAUUUGUCAAGCCUCAUACAUGCGGGACAGCAGUUUGCACAGCAGAUACAGCAGCAAAACCCAGAACUUAUAGAGCAGCUGCGAAACCACGUCCGAAGCAGAUCUUUCAGCAGCAGCACGGAGGAACACUCCUGAUUUAAGAGGCACCUGUUAGAACGUUGUUCUACUAACUCCAAAAGGCAUACUGUAGCUUGUAGCAAA